AAUCGAUUUAUCAACAACAAGGACCCAUUACACCAAUACCUGUUACCAUUACCGGAGAACAACGACGUCACGAUUUCUAUGCCAAUGACUCCAUCGGAAUUCAAAAACCGAUUACUCUUCGGCUCAUUACCUCGGUCAUCCUCCGAUCCCACAGACCUACAAUUUACGGAGCCUAACGUACCACCGUCUCUGUUUUCUUUACCAGAACACAACGACGACACAGCUACUGAUAUGGCUCCUGACCAGGAAACAGAGCAAUCAGUUUCGAAAUCCAUUGCAAGACAAGCACUUGCUUUGCUUGUUGUGUAUCUCUCUUUAGGUGUGCUUAUCUAUUGGCUGACUCUAGAUAGCGACAAUGCGUAUCAGACUCAUCCUGUUGCUGUUGCUUUGUACUUUUUUGUUGUAACAUUUUGUGGCUUUUUAAUUGUGCAUUUUGUUGUGAAAAUCGGGUGGUUGGAUUCGUUUUGUUUCUCGGUUAUGAUGGUUACUACAGUUGGGUUUGGUGAUCGGGCUUUUAAUACAUGGCUUGGUACGUUUCUUGCUGCGGUUUGGUUGCUUGUUUCUACUUUAGCCGUUGCUCGAGCGUUUUUGUUUUUGGCUGACGCAAGAGCUGAUAAGAGAAAUAGAGAGCGGGCCAAGAAAGUGCUUGGCGAGAGCAUAUCUAUAUCUCAGUUCUUUGCUGCGGAUAUUGACAACGAUGGUCGCUUGAGUUUAGCAGAGUUUGCAAUAUACAAACUAAAGCAGAUGGAGAAAAUAACCCAAGAGGACUUUAUACAAAUCUGUAACCAUAAUACACAUUACAACAUGAUUGAAGAUGGCAGUGGAAAAUCCGCGGUUUUGGAUAUAGUUGAACCAGUUUAAAAUUUGUUUUUUCUUGGGCCUUUUCUUAUGGCAGAAAUUGUCACCUUCUCUCCCAAGAUGAUGAGAAUAAAGAAGUUAUAUGAUUCUUUCAUGUGUAUCUUAUUCUGAUUGAUACUCUGGUUUGAACAAAAUCUUUCAAAAGAUGUUAAUGUAAAUGUUAAGAUUUGAUAUUUGUUACUCUAUUUACUUAUAUUUUUUUUUUAAUGAAUUUAUCUUUCCUCC